AUGAAGCUCGAUCCGGCCAUCAUCCGUGCGCUGUCUAUCUCCCCCACCAACACCACAGUCGCUUCACACGGUGGCUCCGGCUUCACUUCCACCUCAAAGAUUACCUCGAAGCUACCUGACGGGAGCGAAAAGUGUUAUUUCCUUAAGAUUGCCAAUGAAGCGGAAUCAGAGCUUAUGUUUGCAGGAGAGCAUGCCUCCUUGAAUGCGCUGCAUACCAUCCCAUCUCUCUGUCCCAAGUCCUUUGCUCAUGGAAAAUUGGAAAAGAGCGCUGGUCACUUCCUAGUCACAGAUUUCCUCGAGAUGGGUGGAAUAUCACGCCUGUCUUCGUCUAGGGAUUCUGAAGAGAAGGGUUCGGGCUUGAGCCUUGCACAAAAGCUAGCUAAAUUGCACAAUACUCCAGCACAAGUACCGGAGGGACAUGACCGGCCAAUGUUUGGGUUUCCGGUACCUACAUGCUGCGGUGAUACAGUUCAAGAGAACGAUUGGACAGAGAGCUGGGCGGACUUUUAUGCCAAUCACAGAUUGCUAGCUAUACUGAAAAAGAGUGAAAGGACGAAUGGCAAGGAUAAUCCUCUACGAGCCAUGGUUGAGAAGACCGCCCGAGAAGUGGUACCCCGCUUGAUUGGCGACAGUCAUUUGAACAACGGCAAAGGUGUGACACCCGUGGUUGUACAUGGUGAUCUAUGGUCGGGUAACAAGGGAAGAGGAAGAAUCGGAGGUCAGGGCGCGGUCGAGGAUGUGGUCUUCGACCCCAGCGCUUGCUACGCACAUGGCGAAUACGAACUCGGCAUAAUGAGGAUGUUUGGUGGAUUCGGUGGCAACUUUUUGAAGGAGUACCAUCAGAUAUGUCCGAAGACGGAGCCGGUAGGUGAAUAUGAGGAUCGAGUGAGCCUUUAUGAGCUGUAUCAUCAUCUGAAUCACCAUGCUAUCUUUGGUGGCGGCUACAAAAGUGGUGCAAUGUCGAUAAUGCGAGAAUUGACCAGAAAGUUUGGAGCAAAGAGUGAGAUCUGA